AGGGACAUCAUGCGAAAACGAUCGCAUCUAUCAGCACCCUAUACUUCAACUGGCUUGGCGAUGACUAAACGCCGCGUGGAUGUUUUCUCCGCCCAGUCCAGGAACACCGGACUAGCGCCCGUCCGGUCUUCAUCUCCAUCUUCUGAUCGCUGAUCUGGGACGUGGAUACUGAUAGUGCGAAUACCCCACGAUAUUCCGCUCGAUCCGCGAUAUACCUCUUUCGAUCGAACCCUACAGCAAAGUCAAGGAGAAGACGAGAGCACCACCGCAUCCUGCGCUCUGCCGAUCCGAUUUCACCAUGUCCAAUGGCCAGGCCGGCCGGACUCAUUGCGUCAGCGUGUCAGCAUUCCAAGUCUAACAGACGAUCCAGAUAGGGUUCCUGCCGUACGCUUGUCCCACCCGAGAGUUCCAGAACGGCAAAGAUGGUCUAUGGGGGUAAACCAAGCACAGGCUGCCAUUUGUGUCGGAAGCGAAAGAUCAAGGUAGGACCCGAGACGAAGCAAAAACACCCAGGCCCCUGUUCCCUGCUUAACGCUAACCGUGUCAUGUCCAGUGCGACGAGGCGCUUCCGGAAUGCCGCAACUGUCUAGUCUACGGCAGACCUUGUCCUGGAUAUCGGCAGGAUACGAUAUUCCGACAUGAGACGCAGAAAGUGAAGCAGCUGAUGCAGAGGGCGAGCCAGUCGCCUGUGGAGAGCCCGCGCAGUAGACGGUCUGAUUCUCUCCGUAGCGCCCGCCAGUCGCUGUCGCUGCGGCGGCUUGAUGACUCGACGUGGGAAGAGCGCGCUGUUUGCUACUUUUUUGACCAGUACACGACCAAGGACCAGGGCGAUGAGUGUCUGAGCCAUUUGGGCUUUCUGCCGUCGCUGUAUGCGGUCUGUCGCGACGGUGGGCCUGGCGGGCCUGUAUCCUCGUGUUUACAGUGGGCUGUCGGGGCCACGGCCUUGGUAACGUUGAGUAACCAGGUCAAAGCCCCGUCCCUCAUGCUGCAGGCUCGCGACCGCUACGGGAUGGCGCUUCGGGGUCUCCGCCAGGCGCUGGAGUCACGCGAACAGGCUGUAAAGGACGAGACCUUCUCGGCUAUGGUUCUUCUGUCGUUGUUUGAGGAUAUUUCGGGGGAUCGCAAAGGUCUGACGAGCUCCCAUACGGCGGGGUUUGAGUUUCUGAUGAAGCUGCGGGGUGAAAGCCAGCUGGGUCAUGCGCAGGGACGCGAUCUGUUCAGUUUUGCAUACGCACAUACGCACAUUGAGAUUUUGGUGCUCGGGGAAAGACCGCGAUAUAACACCGAUUGGAUCCUCGAGCAGUUGAACAAGUCCGAUCCCAUCCAUGGGUUGAUGUUGAUCGCGUCCAAACUCAGUCAACUGGCACUGGAGACGUCGUCCAUUCCCAAAUCGCUUGACGCGGACCUUCUCCGGCGUGUCUUCGAGUGGCACGAUGCUGGUCGGGCCAUGGAUACGGAGCUGACCCAAUGGAGCGAAGCGCUACCCGAAAAGUGGCUCCCGCUCGUCGUCGACUCCCAGACGGACGAGCCUCUCCUCACCUACCGGCGCAUCUCGAUCGCCGGCAUCUGGAUCUACUACUGGGCGAUCCGGUUUAUUGUCCAAAAGAUCAUGGUCGAGCUCAGUCGCACUCUCGUGUCGGCGACAGGAGACAGCGCACUUCUCCAGGGCGAGCAGGAAGCGCUCGGCAUCAGCCAUGAGGCGAUCUCCGCCACCUGCCGCAGCAUCCCCUUCGCCUUCGGACACAUCGACAUGCAAGGCAACCCCAUCCCACCGCCCCCCGAAGGCAAGCCCCGCAUCCGGGGGUUCCUCGGAUACAUGAUGCUGUGGCCACUGUGGUACAUCCUGUCGUGCGGGAUGGCGACUCCCGCCCAGACGGAGCAGAUCCGCAGCGCGAUCGGCCAGGUCGGCUCCGCGCUGGGGAUCCGACUGGCGCUGAUGCUGGCGCAGGAGUGCGACACGCCGACUACGGCGCCGUCCAUCCCUGACCUUUACCAGUUUGUGCCGGUGAUGGGACAGUUCUCGCAGAUGUAAAACUGUCUGCUCCCACUAUCAACUGUCCAUACUAUACGAUACCCUUCUCUUUUUUUUUCUUCGCUUUUUUGUAUAUGCUCUCUUUAUAACAUACUACUACCUACCUUCUACCAUGUACAGCCGACUCGUCUGGCUGUUGGGCAGCGGACGGGGAAGGUCUUUUCGCUUCCUGUAUAUCGUUUCAUCUAGGCUUCCCUGUGGCUAUGUAUAUCUAUUUGGUUUGCUUGCUUGGGCUGGACAUCUGACUGAGAACCUCUGAAGAAUCAAUCAAUAAUGCGUCCAUUAC